AUGCAUAAGCCAUACUCUGAGUUUAUAGAGAGGGAUAGCAAAAUGUCUCUGCAGCGAAUGAUAUACAUCGCACUCCAGAGCCUCACGGAAAAGGGCAUACAGGAAGGGCUCUUCAGAGGAAGCAAAACUGACCUAAGCAUGCGCAGCAUAUACAACAAGCUCUUUCCUAGCACACACAACUCCUCAGACUUUAUUGAGGCGCACAGGCUCAGGCUGUACGUGCAGGAUGGCAUGGAGAAGGAGGCGCUUGAGCAGCUGCGAAAGAUAAAAUAUUUUGAUGAUAAAACCAUCUUCUUUCUUCUAAACCAGUCCUUUCUCUUUGCAACUGUAAAUAAAAUGGCAAAUGUGAUCGAGGCAUUUUUUCUCAAGGGGUUUCCGCGGAAUGUAAAUACCCGGAUCUUUGGAAGCAGAAGCAACAUCGCGUUCCCCACAUACUUUCUUCUUGCGCUUGCUGUGCAGAAUCUGGCAAUUAUUAUGCUUUUCUUUAAGCGAACGAUUGACUACCAUGAGUCCUGGCACGGCCUGGGCCCUGUGCACCUGGCAGCGGUUAACUCCGACAUCCGUGUGCUAGACAUGGUGCUCACGUAUGGAGGAAGCCCGAUGGAGUUUACCACCACGCUGCAGUACUGCCUGCUGAACAAUCUGUUCAAAAAGCAGGACAUGCAGUACAACGUGGCAGGGCGCCCAAUUUACCCAGUGGACCUCGCAGCCGUGUCAAACAACUGGGGAUGCUUUCUUCUUCUGAUGAACAAGUGCCCAAAGUGCGCAGUUCACUCGCAGCACCUUCUGCACAUUCUGAACAGUCUGGAAAUGAUCAUUAAGGCCAUUAAUAUUGGCGCGCGCAUAGACAUACCUCUAGAAGACAGCUCAACAAUCCUCCACACCAAGACAUACCACAACAAGCCAGAGCUUGUGUCAUUCUACAUUGCGCUGAAUCUACCUAUAGAUGCGCUGAACAGGGCGCAUGUCUCUCCUCUGAGCCUUGCUCUGGAGCUUGAGUAUAGAGAGGUUGCCUGGGUGCUCUUGAUGAACAAAGCUAAGAUAAGUGAGAGCAUGCGCAUGCACCCAAUUAUACAAGAUAUUCAGGCCGGAUGGAAGCCAGACAGCGCUCUCCUAGAUAAGAUUGAGUACUAUAAGCAUGCAGCUUCCUACGUGGAAAUUGUCGACCACAAGCCCAAAGGCAGGUUUUCUAUCCGGAGAAUACUUACUCGAGAAAAGAGCACGCUAGAGGAAUCCUUGAAAAAACUAAACCAGAAGAUUGAAAGAGUUGAGAAAAGCGCAGAAGAGACAUUCAAGGCGCUGCCCAAAGAGGAGCUGUAUGAGAAGUUUACAGAGGUGGUUGCAAAGACAAGCACAAAGCUUCAAACUCCGUUCAAGUUCUAA